AUCUCCAUUAAAUUUCAAGAACAAUGGCAACUCUUGAGAAGUUAGUAAAAGCUUUUGAGGCUGUCAAGUUAUCCCAGGGGAAUUCUGGUGGAGGAUUAUCAGCCACAUUAGGUGGAGGCAAUGUGACUAAUGAACAACGACCUCCUGAACACACCAGCACCAUGGCCUCUCUUGCAUCAUCAAUUUCACAGCAAAGCCAGGGAUUACUCAGCAAAAAAGACCAAGUAUUAAACAGCAAAGAUAAAGCUGCCACGUGUACCAUAAUUGCUGAUGCCUUGGUGGGUGCCAAAACUGCAGAUAUUCAGAAACUUUUAUCAGUUGGGAUUGAAACAUUGCUGUUAUUAACUGCUGAUGCUGAUCCAGAUGUGAGAAUGAAUGCAAAUGAAGCUCUUAAUAGGGUUAUCAGGAGUCUCUCUGAAACUCAGCUGGGGAAGAUUCAGGUGGAACUGUACAAGGAAAUAAAAAAGAAUGGAUCUGUUAGAAGCUUGAGAGCAGCCCUUACAAGAUUUGCAUCCUUGUGUCAUCAUAUUCGACCUCAGAAAGGCCGGGCAUAUGUACAGAAUCUUCUACCUUACAUAACCAGAAUGGCCAGAAGAACAGAGGAACCUCUACUAGAAACACUUGCAACUUCCCUUGAGAAGAUUAUGCCAACACUAGGCCACUUUACAAACGACAAUGAAAUUAAAAAUCUCUUGAAGUCCUUUCUUCCUAACCUCAAUCACACAUCGUCAGCUGUUCGUCGCUCAGCUGUGUCAUCCCUCAUCAUUCUUUGUUGCCAUUCAAGGAAACCACCCAUGUUUUUAGGCUGGUUGUUGAGUACUAUCCUUCAGACACUAGUGCCUGUAGUGGAAGAUCUGCCAAACAGUCAGGUGCUGGGAUGUCUCCUGUGCCUGCGAGCUUUAGUGCCACACAUUGUAGAGUUGUGUGCUCCCAUUGUAUCCUCAGAUGGGAAACAACAGUCUACCAAUAUUUUAUCUGUUGAAUAUACUGUAACGUACGAUCAAAUACUUCAGGUGUUUGAAUUGUGUUUACAUUAUAGUGCCCAUGCAGACCAUAACAUAGUUACUGCCAGUUUAGAAACCUUACAGACCCUGUUGCAAAGUCCUCCAUUACCGCUCCUUGUGACCCUGACUUCAAUGGAAGGCAUCACAAGAUCUCGUAUAUAUGCUGAUCCGAGAACAAGUAAUUUGUCCUCCAGGGCUCCUAGUCAGAUAAGUGUUGCUCCAUCACUCUUUGAAGAAGACAGUCCUCUUCUAGAUUUUGAAGGUGUGAGUGGCAGAACUAGUAUUGAUCUUGAUACCCCUGAUGGAAGGGUGGAUUUAGAAGAGGGACUUAAGGAAGAAGAUGACAAAGGGGGAGGAGGAGGAGGUGGUGGCGGUGGUGAGGGAGGGGUUGGAGGAAGUUGUGGUGAUGAUGAUGGAAAGCUAGAAGAUUCAGAAGCUGCGGAAAACAGUAGAGACAGUGACAGUGAUUUAUAUGCAAGCAUUGAGAUAGGAAAAGUAACAGAUUCAACACCUCUGUUUGACAGAAGGGAAAUAGAUUUGAGCUCAGAGUCUACACCUCAGACUAGGGAUAAGAGAAAACUUCACCAACAGACAUCAUCUGGUGCUCAUAAUAAAUCAUUAGAAGAGAAAUCAUUAGCAGUUGGCAAGGCCUCUGGUAACAUUGGAUCUCUCUUUGAGGAAGAACUACCUGUUAGAUAUCUUGUAAGAUAUCUAAGUUCCUCUUUUUUGCUCUCUGGCCAUGUGGGAUCCCUGAUAUCUGACAGAGCUGUACGUGUGAGCGUUAAAGUUCUUGCAUUGAAUUGUGUUGGAUUAGCAGUUAUGGUUAUGCCAUCUUUAAUGGGUGAACCCCUGUUUAUUGAUCCAGCUGCUGAGACAGAGCUCCAACAACAUGUAGAUGAUAUCCUAAGAUAUCAUGGCCAUUCUGACCCACAGCUAGGAGCUAGCGUUGCUACAGUUAUUGGCCAGUAUAUACGAGCCAGCCUCAUUCAUGGGGGAGGCCAGUACAAUGAUCUUGGUAGGCCAGGUUUGGCUCUUUCAUCUCUCUUAGAGGUUCUUUGUAAGUUACUGGGCAAUGAAUCAAGUGUGACCUCCCGUGGAGCUGUAGCUGGUCUUAGCUUGUGUCUUAACGAGCUUCUACGUUCAUGGCAUGCAUCAGUUGUGCUGUCUGUGUUGCCUCACAUUGUCAACACUGCUUUGAAUCCUUAUUGGCUUGUAAAGGUUGAGCUGUGUGAACUCUUAGGUGGUUUGCCAUUAAGUUAUAUUGAUCAUCUUGAGAACAGUAAUAAUUAUGGAAAUGCUGGUAACUCUGUGCCAGUAGUUUCAGGCCUCCGACAGUCUGACAGGUUUUCUCAUCGAGUUUCCACUGCUGUAUUGAUUCCUUUGUUAGGAGAUCAAGAUCAUAGAGUUCGAACAGCUGCUGCUUCAGCUUGUGUUGAAUUGGUACCUGAGAUUAUGAGCACUGGAGACUUGAUUCAGAAAGUUGCUUCAGAUCUUGUUCAAGGUGGUCAUCUGAAAGGACACAAGAAAAUGAAUCUUCCCUCCCAGCAGAAUUGGUCUUCCCGUAGCCUUCCUUCUCUUCCUGUGGCUCCCCUUCAUAGGCUUCUUUCAGAUGGAUGGAAUAUGACUGAAAGGUCAGAGGCCUCCCAUGAUGGUCAGAAUUGCAGAGUUUCACAGUCCCUUUCUCGCCUUAUAUAUGCUUUCACAAGCCAACUUCUUUGCACAAGCAACAAGUUUCUUAUGCUCGGAUGUAUAGAGGCCCUAGCGCAGCUCAGUGAGAGAUGCCCACCAGCACUUUAUCCAGCAGCAUGGGGCUGUCAUAUUCCUCUCCACAAGUUAAAUGAAGGACACACUCACAUAGGUCUUGUUACCAUGGUGUUGUCCCUUGCGGGUGAAGCACCUGUAGCAGGAGAUCUCACAGUUCAACAGAAUAUUCUCACUGUUGCCUCAAACAUUAUUACGGGUAUUGCUGUAGAAGCACUUCGACAAGGUAAAGAAGAUUUGCCUGGUGGGAAUAAGAUGCCUUGGUCACUCUUUGGAAUGUCUCAGAUGGUAUCAGUAGCUGAGGCGGUAGUACAGCAUAUAAUGCGAGUGUUGUGUGUAUAUACUCAUGUCCUCGAAGAAAUAGUACCAGGUUCGCGGCCGACACUUGCUCCCUUGGCACCACCAGCAGCUAUAUCUCCUAUUAAGAGAAGAAGUAGAGCAGAAAGCACUGGAGAAAAAAAUCGUACUCAUUCCCCAAGUAAAGGAGAGAAAGCCGACGGGGAAGAAAAAGAACGGAAAUCAUCCAAGCCAGGAGCAGUUGGAACUUUUGCACACUUGCCUGAAUAUAUAAAAAUGUAUGAUGUUUUAAAAAAUGCUUAUACCAAUUAUAAGAUGUCUCUUGAGGAUAGUACAACAGAGAAAUUAUGUGGACUUUUACGAGUAGCUCUGACUUGUCUUGGAAGGCUAUUAGAAGUGUCAUCUAUGUUGGAAUUUGGAAGGCUUGCAGAUGAAUUGCUACAGUACCUGAAAGUUGUCACCUCUUUGCUUCCUACAUUAACAGUUCAGUGUGGACAGCAGCUCCUGAAAUGUUUGUUUGGAUCAAAUGUGAAAGCACUUUUUGAUCAGAUUUAUAGAAAAUCAUCAGAAUCCAAUAGCCGAGGGUCUUCUGAUUGUGGAGGUUCUAAUGGGAAGCAAAUACCAGAGGGCUUAGAAGUAUGUAGUUUGCAUUACCGUUGCUUCACACAACCUCUAACACAAUUAGAAAAUGAUCUCACUGCUAUAUCAGAAUCUCGACAAGAUGGUGAUCCCAUAAGCCUCUCAGGAAAUGAACGCAAGGGCAGCUCUAAUCUCUUCAAAACGUUAGGGCGUGGUAAUGACAAAUCAUCCCUUAGUUCUUACAUCAGGCUGUUUGAACCUCUAGUCAUCAAAGCUCUUAAGCUGUACACUGUAUCCAGUGAUGUCAUUAUGCAGAGGUCUGUUCUGCAGCUACUCAUACAUUUGGUGCAAAUUCGUGUCAAUUACUGCUUGCUUGAUUCUGAUCAGAUCUUCAUUGGAUAUGUUAUCAAGCAGUUUGAGUACAUUGAGGAAGGUCAGAUAAAGCAAGCAGAGGAGCUCAUACCAUCAAUGUUUCGUUUUUUGGUGCUAUUGUCAUAUGAACGUCAUCAUAGCAAAAGCAUCAUUGGAGUACCAAAGAUAAUUCAACUGUGUGAUGGCCUUCUAGCAAGUGGACAGCCGCCAUUAUCACACUGUAUAAAAGCUCUUCAACCACUGGUGGAAGAUCUCUUCUUGGUUCGAAGCACAACAAGCUCUGCUGAUCAACGAGAACUUGAUACACAACGAGAGGUCCUGUGUUCAAUGCUGCUCAGACUUGCCCAUUAUCAUCAGGUUCUUCAUCUUAUCUCCCUUGUACUUGGUGCUACAAUGGAAGCUAAUAGGGAUCGUUGGCGUAAGUUGUCUCGCCAGGUGAUUGAUACUUUGCUUCCCUUGCUGUCUAAGUUACAAGUUAAUCUCGACUCUGAGGAAUCAUUAUCAGCAGUUGAGGAAGUUAUGAAUGGUGUUUGCCCAAGUGUUUAUCGUCCAGUGGACUGCUUACUGAAGGCUUUGUUUACAUCUCCAUGUGAACUGGAGAGCACUGUUGGUGUUGAGCGCUGGGUUGGUAGUGUUUUGCUCCUUUUGCGUACACUCAUCUCGCAUUCAUCACCAGAGUUAGUCCUUGCACGUCUUGAAGAACUGGGAUUGAGCAUGGAUUAUGUUCAUAGUGAUGUGUCAGCUGACUCUACAACUGCUGAAAUUUCCACUGCACCUGAAGUGGCUUCUCAGCAGUCCACUGACUCAUCAAGCUUUAGAGAUCCUCUGAAUGUAACCCAACCAGGGACUCUCCCACAAGUGGCCAUGGCUAGGUUUCUUCUAGAGGUAGUUCGUGUAAGUGUAAGCGAAAUCAGGAGUGUUCGGCUCUCCCUUUUAAAUAGUGGGAGUUCUUUGGAUGUGAAAAGCUCACUUCAUUCACCAGACUUGUUAGUUCAUCUUUCUCACCAUCUUUUACUUACUCUAUUGCAUCUUACAGUCUCAGGCCAAUGGAGAGAAGUUAUCGGAUCAUUUAAGGACAUUUGUAGUAAUGAGAGUGAGUUGAUGGAGGAGGUUAGUGAAGCACUUCUUUUUGUGUCUGGCUGGUACCCAUCCCUUACCCUUUCAUGGUGUAAGUUGCUCACUUGCCUUGACCUGACUUCACAAAACCUAUGGACAAGAGUGCUAAGAACUUGCCAGAGAAAAUCAGUAACUAGCAUAAGUAAUCCUGUGGUAAGUGAGGGAAGUGGCCCUUCAAGUUGCUUGUCCCUUGAAUUCAUGAGGAGAUGUGGCCUUCUUGUAUUUUCUGAAUUCGUGGUAAGUAAUUGUAAUAACCAUAAUUUUAUUAGUGAUGUUUUAUGCCUUUUGUCCAAGUGUAUUGCUGCAGAUAACUUGUUUGUACAGAGAUACAAACCUUUGUCUUUUAUGUGGAGUCUUGAGUACACAGACACAAAACUGGUUGUUGAACUUGGAAACGAGGUUAUGUCAUAG